AUGGAAUGUAAUAUUAAUACUAAUAGUAAUAAUAGCAAUAGUUUUAGCAAUAAUAGCAAUAAUAACAAUAACAAUAAUAGUGGCUCAUUAAAUAUACCAUCCACAGUUACAACAUCUACUCCCACAUCAAAUUUAACCCCAACCAAAAAAGUAUUUUACAAAAAAACAUUAAUACCCGAUUCAAUUAUAUUAGAAGGAAUUAUCCAACCACCAAAUAUCGAUGUGGCCUUAUUGAGGGGUAAAAAUAAAUCACAUUAUGAAUCAUCAUCCUAUUCAAUUACUACUACCACAACCACUACAACCACUACAACCACCACAGCAACCAAUUUAUCAACUGCAUCAAUUUUGAAUCCAAACAACAAUAACAAUAACAAUAACACCACCAAUAAUAACAAUGAAAAUGAAUUAGAGUCAAUUCCAUUUUUUUCAGGUAAUCCUAAUGUUGAAGUAAUCGAAGGGUUUUUACAUUUGUUUAUAAAUACAACGAUAGAAAAAAAUUUAACAACAAAUUUAUGUCAAUUACCAAAUUCCCGAACCAAUAUAAUAUGUAUUGAAUCAGUGCCAUCCUAUAUGUCUAUACCAGAUUUAAUUGGAUUUUUUUCAACAUGUAUCGAUUUUAUAACAGAUAUGAAAAUUAUUAGGGACGCAUCACCAAAUAGAUAUAUGGUAAUAGUGAGAUUAAAAGAUCAAGCAUCAUCCGACGAGUUUUAUCAGCUAUAUAAUGGAAAGAAUUUUUCAUCAUUUGAGCCAGAAACAUGUACUAUUUUAUUUAUUAGUAAAGUUGAUUAUCAAACUUCAACGCCAAACUAUCAUUUAAUGCCACCACCAAAUUCAAUUGAACUACCAACAUGUCCUGUCUGCUUGGACCGUUUAGACUCAAACUCAUCAGGUGUUGUAACAGUACUAUGCCACCAUUCGUUUCAUUGCGAUUGUUUAAGUAAAUGGAAAGGUGAUAACACAUGCCCAGUUUGUAGAUAUGUUCAAGUUCCAACAGUUGAAAGUAAAAGUGUAUGUUCUAAAUGUGACUCAACUGAAUCACUUUGGAUUUGUAUUAUAUGUGGUCAAGUUGGCUGCUCACGUUAUGUAAAUAGUCAUGCAAAUCAGCAUUACGAGGACACUAUGCAUACAUUCGCAUUAGAGCUAGAAACUCAACGUGUUUGGGAUUAUGCAGGUGAUGGUUAUGUGCAUCGUCUUAUUCAAAAUAGGGCCGAUGGUAAGGUUUUGGAAUUUCCAAAUCCAAACCAAUCUACUGAUACAAGAGAGGGUUCACACUUAAAAGAAGAAAAAAUCGAAUCAAUUGUAAUGGAAUAUAACUUCUUAUUAACAAGUCAAUUGGAGCAGCAGCGUGCCUAUUUUGAACAGGUUAUAAGUAAAAUAGAAAAAGAGCAUUCACUCCGUGUAAAUCAGUUCAAGGAAGAUAUGGAAAAACUCAACACUAAAUGGCAAACUAAAUAUUCAAAACUAAAACAAAAAGGUGAUGAUGAUAAUAAAGAAACCUCGUUUUUGAAACAAAUCAAUAGUGCAAUGAAAGAGAACCAAGAAAAAUUCAAGCAAACAGAAGGGGAAAAGGAUAGGGUAAUUGAAGAACUCUCCGAAGAGCUAAGAGAUCUUAGAUUUUAUAUUGAAGCUCAAAAAACAUUAAAUGAAAAUGAUGAAAUUAAAGAUGCAACGAUUUUAAUUAGCCCAACCAACUCGAAUAAUAAUAAUAAUAAUAAUAAAAAAAAUAAAAAGAAAAAAUAA